GAACAAGAACUUAAGGCUGCUGCAGACAGUGUCUUAUCUGAAGUACGGAAGAAACAAGCAGACACAAAGAGGAUGAUGGACGUCCUGCGCGCAUUAGAAAAGCUUCGGAAACUGAGAAAAGAGGCCGCUGGCAGGAAAGGUGUUUGUCCACCCCCCUCGGCAGAUGAAGCAUUUGAAAAUCAGGUGGAGAGUCUCAAAACGUUGCUCAAAAAUCGCACAGAGCUCUAUGAAGCUGAGGAGAGAGCGUUAAGGGUUAUGUUGGAGGGGGAACAGGAGGAGGAAAGGAAGAGAGAAAUGGAAAAGAAACAGAAGAAGGAACGGGAAAAACUCUUACAGCAGAAACUUGAAAUUGAUUCCAAGCUCUUUGGGGAUCCAGAUGAGUUUCCUCUAGCCCACCUAUUGCAGCCCUUCAGAGAGUAUUACUUACAAGCUGAGCAUUCCGUAGCAGCUCUCAUCCAGAUCAGGCACGAGUGGGAUCAGUACUUGGUGCCGGCCGAUCACCCCGAAGGAAGCUGCAUCCCGCCAGGAUGGGUUCUGCCGAGUCUCCCCACAAACGACACAUGGGCCACUGCUGUCAGAUAA